AUGAAGAUCUUCCACGUUCCUUGUCUACAAGACAACUACUCUUAUCUGUUAAUCGAUGAGAGCACCGGAGACGCGGCGGUUGUGGAUCCAGUUGAUCCGGAGAAAGUGAUUGCAUCCGCUGAGCAGCACAGUGCCAAGAUCAAGUUCGUACUCACCACGCAUCAUCACUGGGAUCAUGCCGGUGGGAACGAGAAGAUUAAGCAGUUGGUGCCUGGAAUCAAAGUGUAUGGAGGUUCUCUGGAUAAGGUUAAGGGUUGCACUGAUGCGGUCGAUAAUGGUGAUAAGUUGUCUUUGGGUCAAAAUGUGAACAUAUUGGCUCUCCACACCCCUUGUCACACCAAGGGUCACAUUAGUUAUUAUGUGACCGGCAAUGAAGGGGAAAGCCCAGCCGUGUUCACAGGAGAUACAUUGUUUGUUGCUGGCUGUGGAAAGUUUUUCGAAGGGACAGCUGAACAGAUGCAUCAGUCGCUGUGUGUGACACUGGCUUCGUUACCUAAACCGACACAGGUUUACUGCGGCCACGAGUAUACCGUGAAGAACUUGGAAUUCGCUUUAACUGUGGAACCAAACAAUGAGAAGAUACAGCAGAAGCUAUCAUGGGCCCGUCAACAGCGCCAAGCAAAUCUUCCCACGAUCCCUUCAACACUAGAGGAAGAGCUCGAAACAAACCCAUUCAUGCGCGUUGAUAUUCCAGAGAUACAGGAGAAGCUCGGUUGCAAAUCGCCGAUCGAUACACUCAGGGAAGUUCGGAACAAGAAGGAUCAGUGGAGAGGCUGA